UUUGCGAUUGCAAACUGUGCGUUAAACGUCCUAUUGGUCCCUAUAGCGAUUAUUGGGAACGCUUUAGUGUUGGGUGCCAUUUUAAGAACCACGUCGCUCCACUCACCAUCAAUGGUAUUUAUUGGAAAUCUAGCCAUCACAGAUCUUAUUGUUGGACUGAUGAUUCAGCCAUUGUACAUUACCAGUAUUUUGCUCACAGAUGUCCCCAUCCUCAAAACUGUCGUGGAAAUAACGGCCUAUCCGAUGUGCGGUGUUUCACUGUGUACUUUAACAGUCAUAAGUGUUGACAGAUUUAUGGCCUUACACUAUCACAUGCAGUAUAGCACUUUGCUGACUACAUCUCGAGCUGUACGUAUCGCAGUGAUUAUAUUCUGCAUCAUCUAUCUCGCAAGUGCCAUUUUAUACUUUUUGAACAAAAUUGUGUUUUUAUUCGUCGUCGCCUUAGUCAUUUGUCUUUGUUUUCUAAUAUCAAUCAUUUCUUACAUCCAAAUUUAUCGAAUCGUUCGUCGACAUAAACAUCAAAUUCACGCCCAGCAAUUGGUAGUUCAGGGUACAAAUGCUCCUACGAACUGGAGCCUCAUGAUUCAGCUCAAGAAGAGUGCAUUGAACACAUUUAUGUUCUACAUCCUUACCAUUCUCUGUUAUAUACCAGUGGUUGUUUCUUUAUGUGUUUACAGUUGGUCUUUUAACAACUGGACAAAGACAUGGAACUUCGCUGAUACUCUAGCAUUCCUGAACUCAUCUUUAAACCCAUUUUUGUUUUGUUGGCGUCUUAACGGGCUUCGAUCAGCAGUCGUAAAUAUGGCAAGGCAGAAGUCAUGUUGCUAA